UGGAGUACUCCAUGGUCGCAGCAUGGACGAGCCCGACACGGCAAUCUCAACAAACAGCCAGCAGGCGAGGAAGAGAGAUGGCUCUGCAAAGUCAUCGCACGACAUUCAGCGGCAGACCAGUGACCUUGAUCGGCAGCGCAGCAUCCGAUCCAAGAUCCUCGAGGAGCAUCAGGAUGUGCCUUACGGAGAGGACGUGCGCAAUCAGACGUUCAUUAGCCGCUGGCUAACCGAGUCCAACAUAGCCAAGGCCUUCCAGGGAAAGCCAACACCAGUUUCUAGGACUCUGUUGGUGGGCAACUGCAUUCCACCAUCCACCGAAGAUGACAUUUGCGAUCAGAAGUUUCCUAACAACAGGAUUAUAUCAUCUAAGUACACAGCAUGGAAUUUUAUUCCAAAAAAUCUGUUUGAACAGUUCCGACGAAUUGCCAACUUCUACUUUCUAUGCAUCGGUAUUAUCCAGUUGUUUCUGGAGGAUACUCCAGUAAGUCCAGCUACCAGUAUACUGCCACUUAUCUUCGUCGUCUCGGUUACUGCUGUGAAGCAGGGCUACGAGGAUUACCUGCGGCACAGAGCAGACGAUGAUGUCAAUAACAGGCCGGCAUUUAUCGCGCGUGACGGCAAACUCGUAGAAGUUAGAUCUCAGGAUAUUACUGUGGGUGACUUGGUGUAUGUGACAAACAAUGAAGGUUUUCCAUGUGAUCUCGUCAUGUUGUCAUCGUCGGACGAGGAAGGACAAUGCUAUAUCACAACUGCCAACCUCGACGGAGAAACCAACCUAAAGAUCCACUGCUGCAUUCCAGAGAGCAAACAUCUAAAGAGUGUUGAGGGGAUCUCCAAUCUGUGUUCGUCUAUAGAAUGCGAGCAGCCAUCGGCUGACCUAUAUCGGUUCAUUGGCAGAGCAAACAUUUUCUCCACCGAUUCCAGUGGAAACUCUACCAAAGUGCAGCAGCCACUGGGACCAGAACACAUGUUACUUAGAGGUGCUAGGUUGAAGAAUACUGAAUUUAUUUUUGGAUGUGCUGUGUAUACAGGGCAACAGACCAAGAUGGCCUUAAAUUCAAAGUUUACUUCUGCCAAGUUUUCUACUGUAGAAAAGUCAAUGAACUUUUUCCUCAUCGUGUUCCUGGUGAUCCUCAUGUUUGAGACGACUCUUCUCGUCGUGUUGAAGAACAUAUACGAACGAAACAUAUCGUGGCCUUGGUAUCUCCCCCCACAAAAACCUAUCAAUUUCAGAAACGUUCUCCAGGAUCUACUUUCCUUUCUAGUGCUGCUAAACUAUGUCAUCCCCAUCUCACUGUAUGUCACAUUAGAAAUGCAAAAGUUCUUUGGGUCAAUGUUCUUUGCCUGGGACCUUGAGAUGUACGACUUCACGUCAGACAUUCCUGCCAAAGUUAACACGUCUGAUCUCAAUGAAGAGCUCGGACAGGUGGAAUACUUGUUCACGGAUAAAACCGGUACGCUGACGGAGAACGACAUGCAGUUUCGACAGUGUUCGAUCAACGGCACGCGCUACAGUGAGGUGGGCGGCAUGCUCUGUGAGCUGUCGGACAUGCAGAGGGACACCCAGCCACUAACACUGUCUCAGUACACGCCGGAUAUGAUGGCUUUCGUAGAGGUGCUUGUGCUCUGCCACACGAUCAACGUGCACAAGAACCCAGCUGCCCGCGAGGAUGAGCCGCCAGAGUACCAGUCUUCGUCACCGGAUGAGAAGGCCCUAGCUGAAGCAUGCAGACGGCUGGGAGUAACAUUUCUGGGCACAAGGGGUGAGAGAAUGAUAUUUCGCAUCAAGAACGAAGAUAUUUCCUAUCGGCUUCUGCAUGUCCUUGAGUUUGAUGCAACGCGAAAGUGCAUGAGUGUUAUCGUUCGGAACCCAAAAGGUGAGAUACUGUUGCUGUGCAAGGGAGCAGAGUCGACACUGUUGCCGAACGUGAUUAGCGGAGAUGCCGAUAGCACUCUACAGCACGUCGAUGACUUUGCCAUGGCUGGUCUACGCACACUGGUGAUCGCUAACAAGAGACUCAGUGAGGAGGAGUUGCAAGACUGUGAGAAACAGCUACAUAAAGCCAGGACUGCAAUGGUGAAACGGGAAGAGAAGGUGUCAAGGGCUUAUAGUGUCAUGGAGCAGGACCUGCAUGUUCUGGGUGCAACAGGUGUGGAAGACAGACUACAAGAUGGAGUGCAGGAAACCAUAGCAUCUCUGAGGGUCGCUGGCAUCAAGGUGUGGGUGUUGACGGGAGACAAGAUGGAGACAGCGGUGAACAUCAGUCAUUCGUGCGGCCACUUCAAGAGAGGCAUGCAUGAGCUUCAUCUCGUGCAGCAAAAGAACAAGCAGCAGUGUGAACGAACGAUCACGGAUCUCCUCAAAGAGAUUCGGCGGGAUGACUUGCUGCAGUGUGCGCUGGUCGUGGAUGGGAUGAGCCUUAAGUAUGCGUUGUCAACUCAUCGACAAGAGCUCUACACUCUCUGCUCACUCUGCACCGCCGUACUGUGCUGCCGCAUGUCUCCCAUCCAGAAGGCACUGGUGGUAAAGUUGGUGAAGAGUGGACCAGACCAUCCUGUGACUGCUGCAAUCGGUGAUGGUGCGAACGAUGUCAGCAUGAUACAGGAGGCUGAAGUAGGAAUCGGUAUCUAUGGUAAAGAAGGACGGCAGGCCGUCCGCUGCAGUGACUUUGCCUUUGCAAGAUUCCGCUUCCUACAGAGGGCGCUACUUGUACACGGCCACUAUUACUACUACAGAGUGGCAACACUGUCCAAAUAUUUUUUCUACAAGAAUGUGGCAUUCAUCACACCCCAGCUGUAUUUUGCAUUCUGGUCACGGUAUUCAGGACAGUCUUUCUAUGAAAGCAUGUACCUUGCUUCUUACAACAUCUUCCUAACAUCUCUCUGUCCGAUACUUAUAUACGGCAUGUUUGAGAAGCACUGUGAUGAAAAGACACUGAUGGAUGAUCCCACACUGUACAGGUUAAUAACAAGAAAUGCACGGUUAAGUAUGAAAGAGUUUGUAACGUGGAACUUAUUGGGUUACUGGCAGUCAUUGGUAUUCUUUUUUGGAACAUACUUUCUACUGCAACCGAAUGCUGUGGUUCAUUCCUCGAUGGAGACAAUGGAUGUGUUCUGCAUGGGCGUUCUCUGCUACAUCGUCAUCAUCAUUGCCGUCAACCUCAAGCUGAGCCUGGAGACGCAUUACUGGACGUGGAUCACUCACUUCUCACUGUGGUCCACCUUCAUUGGCUUUGUCGGCUUUAUCCUCUUCUACAGCAGCUUCCCAAUGCCUCUGACUGGUCAGACGUACAUGUAUUGGGUGGUGAUGCGAGUGAUGGGGUCAGUCACGUCAUGGCUGAUCAUCCUACUACUGACCAUCGCAGCUCUUAUGCCUGACCUGCUCCUGAAGCUGUACAAAAACACGUGGGGAAUCGAUAAGAGCUAUAUAAAGAAAGUAAGUGCCGGAGUGCCAUAUGCUGUCCGAAAAGGUAAGCAAGAAGGCGCCGAGGAGCAGUGUUAUCGCACCGGACAUUCAGUCUCAGCAGUACCGUCAUGUGGAGAUGAUGCCCAUCGAACCAGAGACGACCAGGCGGAAUAACCAGCUGACUACAUCCCUGUAGGGUGGCGCUACCUAUCGCAUGUUCAGAGAAGCUAGAUCGGUUGUCUGCCAUGGGCCACGGGAUUCUGUAGUGCUGUGGAGGAUGCUAGAACUACUUGGCUUCAUAUAACUAGAGGAAGAAAUAGAGUUCAUUCAUAGUUGCUGUGGCGUAGUGGUGCAGCAUAGGGACUCGUUUUCAUUCAGAAUGUAAUCGUUUCACAGCUUCAUGUUUGUAAAGUUUCGUACACAAUUGUCAACAUUAUCACAAUUGCUAACAUUAUCACAAGUGUCAACGUUAUCACAAGUGUACGGACCCUACUCCUUUUCGUGACCCGUCCCACCUUCCAUCUGGGAGUGAACACGAUUAAAUGUAGAUUUCUUCGGAUUUAGAGUUGGGGUCUAAAGUAAUAUCUAAAAGUGUAAAAUGAUUGUUAUCCCCUCUUUCAGCCUAUGGUUUGUACACUUGUUAUAAUGUUAAAGAUUGUGACUGCCUGGCCUCUUGAGUGAGAGUGUAGAAUUCAUUGGGUGUAGUUUAUGAAAAGAACAUGUUCAAUGUGCAUGCCACUUAAACAGAAUCAUAUGGUUCCUAAUCUUCAUACUGAAGUCUGUUUUGCAAUGUCUACUUAAAUACAAUAAUUGAGGGAGGGAAUGCUAGAAAAUUAUUAGCGAGAUAUUGUUGCAACUCGUAUUUUAUUGAUGCUGUAUAGACCCAGUCUUGAUUGUUUGUGAAGUAACAGCACUAGGGAUUUCCAGGUGAACGCCUGCUCGUGAAAUUGGUGGCGCAUGACCUUUUGCAAUUUUACAUGGCCUUGUUUCCACCAAGAAAAUUAGUCACAUACUUUGAUGGUAUAUAUCUCAUGCAUGUAUGUUAAAAAUGAAUGCACAUUGUGUUUCAUGUUACACAUGGGUAGUGCAGGUAGGCAGGUAGGUAGGUAGGUAGGUAGGUAGGUACCAGUGCAACCGUUUUUAGAGAGGUGAGCCUAUCUUUACAUAUUGCAUGUCAGUGUGUUGUCUGACGUCUGUGUAGAAAGUGGAAAUAGCAAUUUCAGUAAUCGUCAUCACUGAGCACACCCAUUACCUCAUGACUAAAGUCACGCAAUAUUUAUGUCAUCAUCUGUUAUGCAAUUACCUGUAAAGGCAGGUGCGUGAGAGCGUGAGUCAGUCUUCUGCAUGUCGACUAGUGACUCGGAAUAGCACUUCCUUGUGGGUCAGCUACUCGGCUCCACUAAUCUAUGCAGCGGCAGUCUUUUACGGUAUAAACUUGAUGUCCGUUUGAGAUCCAUUGUGUGAUGUGGACAUGUAUUGAUGUAACGGGGAGUAAGUGGUUAUAGUUGUAUAUCUUAUAUGUAACGUCUCGGUGAGAGCUGACAUAUGCAUAGGAGCCGGAGUGAAUCGAAACAAAGCACUGCUGUUAUUUCACUCUUAUGACAUCAUGGUUCCGGGGCGCACAUUCCAAACAACGAGAACUAUAUGUGGUUGGCAUGAUCGUUUUUUACGUGAUGAGAUAUCUAUGCGAUGGGGGAAAAUCAGUGAAAUGUGUAAUUUUAUAAUAUAUAUGUUUAUAAUAAUUGAGAUAUUUUUAAAAAUGUGUACAGCAGAUCGAUUUUGCUUACGUUCAUCGAACUGCUGUGGACGCAGUUGUUCGUAAAUUAUUUUGAUUCUGAGAGAUGAUUAUAGUGAUGCAAAUAAAGUGGAUUAUUUUACUACAUA